GCACAUGUGCAGGCAGUCAAAUCAAAGUCAGAUAUUAAAACGUGUCAGUUUUUCCACUUUCACGGGGUUCGCGUAAUAACAUGUUCAACUACUUAAGACAUUGGCUCGAAUCUAAGUUGUGCCUUUAGAUUUCUAGAAAACUAAUAACCAAGGAAGAUUGUUAACUUCUCAAAAAAACGGCCUAGUCAAUUUGGUCUGUUUCGCAAGCUUAGAAACCAGUAAAAACUCCGUGUUCCAUGUUCCGCUUCUGAACUUUCGAUUCCUCAAUUCCGUAUGGUCCUAAACGAAGCAAGAAUAACAACAACCAGUCAGUAUCAUUUCGAAACUAACGUUAUCCAUAUCAAGCUUAGGCUAUAAAUCGCCAAAAGAAACGCCAAUGACUUGGUAACAAAUAAUUUAGAAAAUAUAGAAUUAAGACAGAUACUAGUCAGGUAGGAGAUUCCUAGAUAACGUUAGCUGCGCUCGGUUGGUCUGCUCCAAACUAUUGUGGCGAUUGUAAAUAUUGCAUCAAGAAAUCAAACAGGUCACUGAUAGCAUACAACAUAGUUUGCGUUUCGCACGUCCAUUUUUAUUUUGACAACUCACAUUUCUUCGAAAGGCAAUGUCUAGAAUGCUGAGCAAGGAUCUCCCGGAUAUCGAGAAUAUCCUGGCCCUGAACCCCCGGGUGAAGAGCCAUGCUGAUAUCUGCUCCACCUCUGCUAAGAAAGUAGAGAAGAAGCACUGGAAAAGAAACCCAGAGAAAGGCUGUGAUAGCUGCGUGACGCUGGAGAACAAUUUUGAUGACAUCAAACACACAACUCUGAGCGAGCGCGGAGCACUUCGGGAAGCAAUGAGGUGCCUGAAAUGUGCAGAUGCCCCAUGUCAGAAAAGUUGCCCUACCAACCUGGACAUCAAGUCAUUCAUUACCAGUAUUGCCAACAAGAACUACUAUGGGGCGGCGAAGUCGAUCUUGUCAGACAACCCCCUAGGCCUGACUUGUGGCAUGGUGUGCCCGACCUCUGACCUCUGUGUGGGGGGCUGUAACCUCUACGCCUCUGAGGAAGGACCAAUCAACAUCGGAGGGCUGCAGCAGUUCGCCACUGAGAUCUUUAGUAAGAUGGGCAUUCCUCAAGUGAGGAACCCAGCUCUCCCUCCUCCAGACCAGAUGCCUAAAAGCUUCCACUCCAAGAUCGCUCUGAUUGGCUGUGGCCCGGCCAGCAUCAGCUGUGCUUCCUUCCUGGCUCGCCUUGGCUACGAUGACAUCACCAUAUUCGAAAAACAGAAGUGGAUCGGCGGACUGAGCUCUACGGAGAUCCCUCAGUUCAGGCUGCCAUAUGAGGUAGUGCACUUCGAGGUGGAGCUGAUGAUGGAUUUGGGCAUCAAGGUGGUGUGUGAGAAAGCCCUGGGCCAGGACGGGAUGACUCUGCUCUCUCUGAGAGAUGAAGGUUACAAAGCUGUCUUUAUCGGCAUUGGUCUUCCACAGGCUAACAGACAUAAAAUAUUUGAGGAGCUGACGAUCGAACAAGGCUUUUACACGUCAAAGGAUUUCCUACCUUUGGUCUCCAAAGCCAGCAAAACAGGAAUGUGUAGCUGCAAGUCUUCCCUGCCAGAGCUGCGUGGCACGGUGAUUGUUCUGGGUUCAGGAGACACAGCUUUCGACUGUGCCACUUCUUCCCUGCGCUGCGGUGCCAAGCGGGUCUACGUGGUGUUUAGGAAAGGCUUCACCAACAUCAGGGCUGUCCCCGAGGAGAUGGAGCUGGCCAAGGAAGAGAAGUGUGAGUUCAUGCCCUUCCUGUCCCCUCGUGAGGUCAUCAUGAAGGCGGGUCGCGUGGCGGGAAUGGAGUUCUGUCGUACGGAGCUGACAGACGAAGGUGAUUGGAUGGAGGACGAGGAUCAGAUCAUACGCCUCAAGGCCGAUUACAUCAUCAGUGCCUUCGGAUCCAUGCUGAGCGAUCCCAAAGUGAAAGAGGCCAUGGCUCCGGUGCUGUUGAACCGCUGGGGUCUCCCAGAGCUGGACCCAGAGAGCAUGCAGAGCAGUGAGUCCUGGGUGUUUGCUGGGGGCGACGUGGCAGGACAGGCAAACACCACCGUGGAGUCAGUCAACGACGGCAAACAGGCAUCCUGGCACAUGCACAAGUACCUACAGUCUCUCCACGGCCAGACGGUGUCCAGCGUUCCCCAGCUCCCUCUCUUCCACUGUGCCAUCGACUCUGUGGACAUCGGUGUGGAGAUGUGUGGGAUCAGGUUCCCCAACCCCUUUGGCCUGGCCUCUGCUCCCCCCACCACCAGCACAGCCAUGAUCCGCAGGGCCUUCGUGGAAGGAUGGGGCUUUGCUCUCACCAAGACCUUCUCUCUGGACAAGGACUUGGUGACCAACGUGUCUCCACGUAUCGUGCGUGGGACGACCUCAGGCCCCAUGUUCGGUCCGGGACAGAGCUCCUUCCUCAAUAUCGAGCUGAUCAGUGAGAAGACUGCUGCCUACUGGUGCCAGAGUGUUACCGAGCUCAAAGCUGACUUCCCCAACAAGGUCAUUAUCUCCAGUAUAAUGUGCAGCUAUAACAAAGCUGACUGGACAGAGCUUGCCAAGAUGGCAGAGGCCUCAGGAGCUGAUGCCUUGGAGUUGAAUCUGUCUUGCCCACAUGGUAUGGGGGAGAGGGGCAUGGGACUGGCCUGUGGGCAGGAUACAGAGUUGGUGCGUAACAUCUGCCGCUGGGUGAGACAAGCUGUCCAGAUCCCCUUCUUCGCCAAACUGACCCCCAACGUCACCAACAUUGUGGAUAUAGCCAUGGCAGCACACGAAGGUGGUGCAGAUGGCGUCACAGCAACCAACACGGUAUCUGGGCUGAUGGGGCUCAAGGCAGACGGCACUCCUUGGCCUGGCAUUGGCCGUGGCAAGAGAACCACAUAUGGCGGCGUGUCUGGAAACGCCAUCCGGCCCAUCGCACUGCGUGCUGUAUCCGCCAUCGCCAAAAGCCUGCCUGGCUUUCCAUCCUGGCCACUGGGGCAAUCGACUCAGCGGAGUCUGGUCUGCAGUUCCUUCAUGCUGGAGUUCUGUCCUGCAGGUGUGCAGCGCGGUGCAGAACCAGGACUUCACUCUGAUCGAGGACUACUGCCUGGGUCUAAAGACUCUGCUCUACCUGAAGAGCAUCGAGGAGCUACAGGACUGGGAUGGCCAAUCACCUCCCACAUUGCGCCACCAGAAUGGCAAACCUGUACCGCGACUGGAGGAACUGGUGGGCAAGAGUUUACCCAGCUUUGGACCAUAUCUGCUUGAGAAGAAGAAGGUUUUGGCCGACUACAAGAAGGCAGUGAGAGACUACGUUGAGAAGACCACAGUAGUGGAGGCCAAUGGCACCAGAACGUACACCCCCAAG